UCUGCUUUAAUUUUUAUUAGGUUGAAAUGUAACAAGUGAGGAUUGAUGGAUUGUGAUCAUACAAACAACGAAUUACCUAAUCAUUAUAUGCUUCCAUCCGUAUACGCUAGGAAUCAUACAUGGCCUAAGAAAUGACCUAGUAAAUGACCUAAUGCCUGAUUCUACAUUGGGUACGCCCUGAAUCACAGUCGCCGGUUGACUCAUCCCCAACUCGAUGAGGCCCCUGCCCCGCCUCCCUCUUCGCUCUAUCCCGAGGCUCUGCACAAUAUCUAAGAUCACGUUUCGCCCUUUCUCUCAAUCCCUCAUGGUAAAGAGAAAGUCAGAAGCGUUGGGUGACAGCUUCGAUAUUCAACCGCCUUCUCGGAUUAGAAAGACUGGAAAGAUGGAAGCACAACCAGCCACCACCACUAUCGAGCUCACCUCCAAGGAGGCUCAGCUCAAAGACUUGCUCCUAGAUGCUGCGAAAUUUAUAGAUGGAUCAGGCAGCGUGGAAGAGCCAGUUAUAUUGCGCUGGGCCGGUGGAUGGGUCCGGGACAAGCUCCUAGGGAUCGAGUCACACGAUAUCGAUACGGCUAUCAACGUUAUGACUGGCGAGGCGUUUGCAUUAAAACUAUGCGAGUUAUGUCAACAGCCUGAUACCGUCAAGAAGCACGCCAUCGCGGAGUCUGAUGUUGGUAAUCUUCACAAGAUUGCCCGUAACCCGGAAAAGUCCAAACAUCUUGAGACCACGACUAUCAAGCUCUUUGGAUAUGAUGUUGACUUUGUCAAUCUCCGCAAGGAGACUUACACUGAGGACAGUCGUAAUCCUCAGAUGGAAUUUGGCACUGCCGAAGAAGACGCGCUCCGGAGAGAUGCCACCGUUAAUGCUCUUUUCUACAACCUCAACACUUCCAAAGUCGAAGAUUUCACCACUGGAUUGAAAGAUAUGAAGGCAAAAUUAAUCAGGACACCUUUGGAGCCCUUGCAGACCUUCAUGGACGAUCCUCUACGUGUGCUUCGGUUGGUCAGAUUUGCUAGUCGCCUGGAGUUUUCUAUUGAUCCUGCUGCGGAAGAGGUCAUGGGUGAUCGUCGCGUGCUAGACGCUCUCCGAAUGAAGAUCAGUCGUGAGAGAGUCGGUGUUGAGAUAGAGAAAAUGCUCAAAGGCAACCACCCUCGGAAGUCCUUGGAAUACCUGAAGAAACUUGGACUUUACCAUACAGUGUUCACUGACCCGACUCACUCAAACAUCCCCGCCCCUGACAUCUCUAAUUGGAAACUAGCCUACGAGCUUUUUGACUCACUUCGCCAGAAUAAGACACCGGGUUCUAUCUAUGAUGUACUUGUGCGAUCAGACGAGGCUGACUAUUACUCUUGGGUUCUAGCAGCCAUCUGUCCUUGGGAGAACGUGGGAGACCCCCCUUAUGAUGGGAAGGGGAAACCGCCGCCCCCUUUCGUAACAUUGGCUGCUAGAGAGGGUAUCAAGGCAUCUAACAAGAUAAGCGACUUAGCAACUGCCGCACACAAUAACAGGCCCGAGAUAAUGUCCCUAGUGACAGCAGUUUCGGAAAUCGCGCCCUUCAUUACGGAAAGAGAUAGAUUCGGCAUGGCCAUUCGGAAUUGGGAUGCAAGAGCCGGUCAUUGGAGACUGCAGGUCCUGUAUUCCCUCCUAGUUGAGGCCAUGGAGGCUCUGGCUCCAGGUUCUGCAAAGUCAGUUAGCAAAGACGACUUCCUGCACAAGUGGCAACUCUUCCUAGACCAUCUUCAGGAGCUCGAUGUCAUGGAAGCUCCGUCGUUGAAGCGAAUAAUCGAUGGCAACCAGCUUGCCAAAGCACUAGGCGUCAAGCCUGGUAAAUGGAUGGCUGAAGCACUGAACGUUUGCAUUAAAUGGCAGUUGCGUCAUCCGGACGCGACUGACCCCGCGGGCGCCGUCGAGGAGGUCCAGAGUAAGAGAGCUGAAUUGGGAAUUCCGGAGAAAAAAUGAUCUGGUAACGAUAAAUGAUACCCUUAGAUUUGAGGAGGUAGCUCCGCGGUGAUGUAUCAAUAAAAGAAAUAAGUCAUGUGAAUCAUUUUACUAACAUCAUAACCACUUCUGACAUAAUCUUUGGACUUGACCCCCACAUGGUAGGCUGAACUUCAGGGAAUAGACGGCUAGACCUAAUCGAGGGAAAGUAAAAGCCGCCAUAGGCGAGGACACAAAUUCAUUCUGCAAAAAAAAAAGACCCUUAGCACUAACUCAAGAGUGGGCUUUAAAGGGUUAAAAUCCACAUGCCAGUUCCCUGUGGGAAUCAAUGUGGUAAUCGCCGCUGUUCAAGAGUAGGGGUGAGACAUGCAGC